CACACACACACACACACACACACACACACACACACACACACACACACACACACACACACACACACACACACACACACACACACAGUGGUCAGGACAGAUGGCGGAUUCCCAGCGAACAUCUGAGCCCAUCAACGCUGUGCAUCAAGAUGAAAUCUGGAAAUCACAUUUAAAAGUUGAGAAAGAUUUGGCCGAAGUCUGGCCCAACAAGUGGGGCUUCCUCACCGAGGCCUACAAGGAGUACGAGAGGGAGAGUGUGGAGCUGAAGGAGGUGGUCCGAGUGGAUCCUCCUCAUCACCUGGCAGCACGACCUCCAACCCAUCCAGAAAAACUAAUCCAUCUCAACCUGCACAGUGGCAACAGCGCCCCCUACAGUCACAAGAUACGGUGGUCACAGAAUUUGGUGUUACACCGGUGUAACACUUAUUAA